AUGAUGCAACAAUUCAGAAGGCUUGCCAUCACGAGCGCCAAGCGGGCCGCUCAUCAUCAUACGGCAUCAAAUCAUUUAUCUUCAUCACACGCAGCAGCCAUUUUGUUGAAUUGUUAUAUUCAUACGGGAGCUAAUUUCCACAGCAAUGUAGCAAGCCGUGAAAAUAGAAGAGGUAAUGAUGAAGAAGAGGAAGAGAUGAUGUCCUCAACAACCAUAACAAACAAGAAUUAUAAUGAAGAUGAAAUUUCAGAACGUAUUAUGAGCAAAUUAAAACAAUAUACGGGAACUACCGAGGAUGUUGCUAUUGAUUUUGAUGUUGAGGAGGCUCAACGUUUGGCACAACUCGAAUCCAACAAACGUACCUACAGAAGAGAAUAUGACUUGAUGUGGGAAGAGGAGAGAGAACCACCAUACUUUAGAAAUUCAGUGCAAGGAAAGAAAAUUGCUGAUAUUCCUUGCGUGUUUGACAUGGUUCCUUACUUUGCUGAUAGAAUUUCUCCAGUCAUUACUAAACCAGAAUUGGAAGAAAUUAUGAAAAAACCAAGAGAUGUCUAUCAUUAUUUGGUUGUGGAUGUUCGUUCUGCAUUCCGUGCUUUGGAUUAUAUGAUUCCAGGAGCUGUGAAUAUUCCAUUCACAGAAAUCAAGGAAGGUUGUUUUGCAUUGAAGGCUGAAGUAUUCAACAAGAGAUAUAACGCCCCAUUGCCAGAAGCUUAUACCAACAUUAUUUGCUAUAGCGACACUCCUGCUGAGAGCGAGGCUGCAUGUCUCAUGUUACAGGAUAUGGGUUUUGAAAAUACCAUUAACUACAGAGGAGGCUGCAGUGAUUGGUUUGGCAAUGAAUUCAAAGUAUUGUGGAGAAGGAAGAAGUUGCAUAGAAUUGGCAGUGACAAGAUUAGUAAGAUGAUUGCACAAAAGGAAAAGACAAAGGAAAAGCUCAACAAUCCUCCACAAAAGGAGUAA